AGCAACUCAGUCUUCAGAUCACACAACAACACAAACAUCAAACCGGAUCACGUGACCAGCCCCUUUGACCUUUCCUCUCGCGAGACGUGACGCGGCUCUCCGCGAGAUCGCGUCUGCAGCAACAAAUCGGCUCCUGAAGACAAUCUGCUCGUUUCUGCGACGGGUCAUGGAGGUGUCGUCUCACAGCCUCUUCCUGCUGCAGCAGCUCAACGUGCAGAGAGAGUUCGGCUUCCUGUGUGACUGCACCGUCGCCAUCGGAAACGUCUACUUCAAAGCUCACCGGGCCGUGCUGGCCGCCUUCUCCAACUACUUCAAGAUGAUCUUCAUCCACCAGUCCAGUGAGUGUAUAAAGAUUCAGCCCACCGACAUCCAGCCGGACGUCUUCAGCUACCUGCUGCACAUCAUGUACACCGGCAUGUGUCCCAAACAGCAGGUGGACCAGAGCCGGCUGCAGGACGGCAUCAAGUUCCUUCAUGCCUACCAGCUGUGCCGGAAACCUGGCGAGGGUAACGUGGACGCCACCACAGAUGUGGUCCGCAUGUCCAACCUCUACGGCAUCCAGAUCUCCUCCCAGCUGGCCAACAAGGAGACACCAGGAGCCCCAAAGAGCACCACAGUGUCCCGUGGAGCCCCUGAGGAUGGGCGGUCUUCAAGCCGAGUGCGCUCCCACUCCCAGCUGUCCCUCGCAGUCGGACUGGAGGGCGUCCCUUUGGACCAUCAGGCCUCGUCGCUACGUAACGUCUGUUCUGCGGCUUCUGGAGACGACUCGGAUGUUUCAAAUCGUAUCAAGCAGGAACGUGUGGAUGAGGAGGAGGAUGGUGAAGAAGGGCCGGGGGCGGGGUCUCCAUCCCCAGCUCAAGGCAGCAGUCCUAGUCAGGUGUCCCUUUUCAAAGACCGGCCCCUGGUCCUGUUGUGUCCCCGCUGUGGAGAGCGCUGCUCCUCGCCAGAGGGCCUACAGGAGCACCUGUUCAGCCACGCCCUUGAUCCAGCCCGCCUUAUGGAGGGCCUGUCGCAAGGUGGCGAGCUGGACACCGGUGCAGAGGAAGGGACCCCGGGAGCUCAGGAGCAGCUGGACGCAGGUUGUCUGGAAGAGGCACUGAGGCAGAGCCAGGCGCUGGCUAACCAGCUAGCAGCAGAGCUGAGGAGGAGCCGUGGUGGAGGUGGGGUCGGCGGAGGGGUUAGCCCCGCCCCCGCUGUCAUGCACUCACGGAAACGAAAGAUUGCCUGUGCCGUCUGCAGCAUGCGCUUCUCCCACAAGAGCCAGCUGCAGGAGCACAUGUACACCCACACCGGCAAGCCCGGCCGCUACCACCGCUACAACCGUCUCUGCAGCCAGCUCUUCCAGGGCUCCGCCCACUUCUGUGAAGGUGGGGCUGACGUGGGUGGAGGGGGAGGGGCCUCAGCUGCCACGCUCUCUGAAGAUGCCAACAGGGACGCUCAGGACAACGGCAGCUCCUGCUACUCCCUGGACUCUGAGAUCUCUCAGGAGAGCGUGGACGGCGUGCCCGUCGAGUGAUGUCAUAUCUCUGACUGGAACUUUGUGUUCUGACGCUCUGUACCUGUGCAGGUGUGUGUGUAAAUCAGUCAUGUGAUCAUAGUGUGGUGCUGUGGUGGGAUUCGGCAGAGCCUCAGCGACCUGAGGAACCAGUUUGGACUGGUUUGGACCAGUUUGGACUGGUUUUGGGUGGUUCUUCCAGCAGACUGAAUCUCAGAACAUGUCAGGUUCCCACUGUUGGACUGUUUUAUGAACAUCACCUCUGAUCAUUGUCUGUCACUUUGUGUUCAUCUGUGUGAAGAUGAAGCAGCAGAGGACACGUGAGGAAGACUGUGAGGAAGAGGACGACCUGUCCGGAUCACGUGUUCAGGCUCAACCUGCAGGUUCAGUGUUAGCAGUGCCUUCCUGUGACGUCAAAGCUUGGUGACAAUCUGCAGCUCCGUCUGAAUCAGACUGUUCCUACUUGGUGGCUUCAGAUGACUUCCAGCUGAAGGGUCUCAGAUUCCAGAUUAAAAUGUGGAGGCGGUAUGGAGCAAAGACACGCGAACAUACAGAACUUAAUCCUUCAUUUUAAGCUAACCUCAUUCUUCUAGACCAGGAGUAGGCAAGUUUGUUCCUAGAUAGUCAUCCUGCAGGUGUGUUGGAGCAGGGAAAACCUGCAGGACUGUAGCUCUUUAGGACCAAACCAGCCCACACCAGUUCUAGAUGGAAGAAGUGUGCUACUCCACUCGGAUCAGUUCAGGUGUCUGGACCAGUUUCUAUGAAACAUUAGUCAUGUGAGAAAAUAAGUCCUUUCAGCUCAAAUGUUUUAAAUUUCAGGCUGUAAUAAAAAACAUCAGCUGUUAAAUUCUGUUUCUCCAACUUCAGAUAAACAAGCCGACAGAUCUCAAUGUGUCUUUAUUUACUGAACAGAAACUAAAAGUCAGAAUCAGUCUGAUGAUCCAGCAGCUUGUUGAAGCUUUCAUCCAACAUCUCCCAGCUGCUACUGACUCCUAACUCCUGGAAGCAGUAAGGAUGAUUCUAACUUUUGGUUUCUGUUCACUGAUGACAGGUUUGAUCUGUCCUUUAACACCUCAUGAAGAGCAGAUGGUUUUUAUGAUGUCCCGAUUUGUACAACAUUUAAAAUGGGUGUGAACUUAGUUUAAACAUGACUUUGUGUUUAACAUAGGACCUUGUGGUUCUAGUUUUACUUCUGUAUAUACUCUCUGUGAGGUCUUCUCUGGUCAGAAAUACCACCACCUAGCCUACUCAGAUCCAACCACAAAUAUUUCAUCACUGCAGAAGUUUUGUCAGCAAAAUAUGCGUCACAGAAAUCAUUCAGUCCAGUCCAGGCGGCGGGACUUCUGUUCAUCUGUUGAUUCAAUGUAAACACUGAGUUUAUGAGUUUAUUGUUAAUUUAUUGUUGCAGAUUUCUGGCUCUGCUCAGACAAGAGAGAAAUGGUCCACUUUAACUGCCAGACAGCACCAGUAGCUGCUGAAAGCACACAUUUGUCUCCCUCAGCUGGUUUGGAGAGAAGAACCAGUCAGCAGGGGGCGCUGUAGGUCCACGUGUCUGUAAUAACAGAGCAGUGGUCAUUAAGACCCAAACAGAACCAGAGAAACAUGAACAGAGUUCUGUGUCGGACAUGUUUGUUCAUGGUUAUUGUUUUUUAACAUGGCUUCUGAGAUAUGUUUGUUCCCUUCGUGGUUCCUGAUCCGGAACCACAGAACUUCUCUGGGUUGAACCAGCGAUGACAAUCUGGAUGAGAAGCUGGCUGAAGCUGCUGAUGGCUUUUCUGUGUACACAAGUGUGAAAGAUAAAUCCUGCAAGACGACAAAUCAGAAAAGUUUGGACAUUGUGGAAAAAAAUAAACACUCUUAAAUGAAAGUGGAAUCUCUGUGAACAAAGUGCCCUCUGAUUGUUCCGUAGAAGCUUUCUG